AUGUCGAAAUCUAGAUUCAACGUUAGAAGAGCGGUUCGCCACACCAUCCACCGCGUGGCACGGCCCUCGAAGGCUUCUGCGACUGCUCUUGCACUAGCGCUGGUGCUGAAUGCGUUCUUGAUCAACUACUUUUUUGUUGGCUAUCGCGUCGACAAGCCUUCGCUGAGAUUGGAGUCGUUCAAGUCUACAUUCAACACCUCUACGACGCUUUCGAGCAUACUGGACUCCAUCUCAAAUACCAACCCUCUCGGUGGUUUGCUAGGAAACUCCAACGACACUGUUGGCUCCGAGUCGGACCCAUACGCCAACGAGUUCUCCAACAAUCCCGCGUAUAACCCCGAGACCGGAUACACUUACGAAAUACCAGCGCUCCCCUUUGAGGAGCUGUCUCUGGCGGAUAAGUUGCGCUCCAAGAUCAACGCUUUUGACGAGAACGCCCCAGAGAACUGGCUCGCGAACAACAAGGUCAAAUACUCUGAGAUCAAGAUCAGGAUCGGCGAUUUCCUUGACCUUCCCUCUGUGAAGACCUCUGUCGAGAAGCGUGAAAACAUUUUACCUGACGAAUACUCUCCCGAAGAGGAAAACAGCAACGAACUGGCGAAGUACACCUCUUUCAAGACUAACAACACUCUCUGGAUGGACCCACGUUUCACUCUAUCGGUGUACUUGAACUACAUCAAGGGGCAGUACUCGGCCAAGAACCCACAAAAUGUGGACUCUAAGCGCAUAGAGGAGCAGGUUAUCGUGCCGUUCUCCUGGAGUGACUGGGUUGACCUGUCAGAUUUGAACCAUCUGAUUGCGAAGCCAGAAGAAGAGAAGAUGACUUGCGAGGAGCUUGUUGAGCACACCAAGGAAAAGGUUGCGACAGAUGGCUGGUGUAUUAACUCCCGCGAUAUUUCUAGCUCUCAAUUACGCGAGAUGGGACUCCGUUCCACCAAGCAAUUACCUGGUUUUGCAGUCGUGAGACCUCCAGACACCGUUGGAGAGCCUGAAUACAAGCUGAUUGAAGGUAAGGCUAAUCUGCUUUCGUUCGGCAAUUUGCCUUUGAACAUCAUCUUUUUAGCCGAAAAGGGCAUUUACGACGUGAAAGUCCAGGAGAAAGCGCGGAUUGUGGACACACAGCUUUUUGAAGAUUAUCUCUCCGCCAAAAAGAUUGACUCUAACGACCGUGACUUAGAAAUUUUAAUGGAUCCCGUGCAAGAGUUCAACGAUUUGAUCGACACUGUGCCUCCGAUGAUCCCCAACACUGAUGGUGCUGUCGAUUUCGACACGAUGCUUGCUCAGAACCACUACAAGUUUGUGUUUGACAAGGAUAUGUUUAAACUGGACGAAGAGGUGGUGAACUCGUUUAUCCGCGAGUACGAGGAACGUCUCGGAAAGCUCGAGGAUAUGACCAAGAGUGGUGAUGACUAUGACGAGUCGGUUUACAACCAGUACAGUCUCACUACCCACGAGUAUAACCAUUACCAAGGUCUUAAAUUCUCGAGUCAGUUCACUCCAGAUACCCAGCAGAUUUACUACAAGCUCGCGAGAAUGCAGACCAAUGCUGAGAACAAGGACAAGGGCUGGCACUACGAAUGGCGUUUUUUCAACGGCCGUUUGGACUACGCCAGACCAGGUUUCACCAUGAAGGAGAUGGACGAGCGUAAGAAGAUCAUUCUGCAUCGUUUGCUGAGAAACUGGCUUCAUUUCACAUACCAGUCAGGUAUCGUUCAAUGGAUGAACCACGGAGCCCUGCUCUCGUGGUACUGGGACGGAUUGACGUUCCCAUUCGAUGACGAUCUUGAUGUCCAGAUGCCUGCUUUGGGUCUUUCGAAUUUUGCCAAAAGAUAUAACCAGACACUCGUUGUCGAGCAGAUCGCAGAUGGUUUCGGCAAGUUCUUCAUCGAUUGUAAUGCCUUCAUGACAAUCCGCACUCAUGGAAACGGUCUUAACAACAUUGACGCGCGUUUCAUUGAUGUGGAUUCAGGAGUGUACAUUGACAUCACCGGUCUCAGUCUUACGAAUGAGCCUAGACCAGAGCGUUACUCAGAGCUCAUCGAGCAGUCCGAUCCAGAUACCGAGGUUCAGCUCUAUAACUGCAGAAACAGUCAUUUCUACCACUUCAAAGAGCUGUCGCCAGCCCGUUUGAGUAUGCUGGAGGGUGUUCCAGUGUUUGUUCCUCGCAAUUUCUCUUCUAUUCUGAGCGUGGAGUAUCCUCGUGGUAUCAAAGAGUGGGAGUACGAAGAUUACUAUUAUGUGGAGCCUCUGAGACUUUGGCUUCACCAAGAACGGUUCUCGGAGGUGUUCGUUGAAGCCGACUAUAUUGGCGAAGAUGGACUGACCGACAAAGACAAGUUCUUGGACAACGUAGCGAAGAUGACAGACGCGCAGGUUCUGAAGCUGCUCCACAACCGCGAGACCAUGAGCGAGUUUUACCUGACUCACGAGCUUACGGACAUCCACGAGGAGGAGAAGAAGCUCUUAUUCCAUAACCGCAGCAAGAUGACGAAAGAGGAGACCAAGGCAUAUAUUGAUCUUGUCAAGACUUUCAAGAAGAGACCUGCUGUGCGGAAGCCAUUGUUCCAGUAUGAGAGAGUGGAACGUUUGAUUGGUAGGGAGAUCGAAGAGGCUGAGGCUCUAGCUGAGAAGAACAAGGAGAGCGAUUCAACUUUCGAAAAGGCUGAGAAUGAGGAAACCAAGAAUGAGGUAAAGGAGGAGGUGAAGGAAGAAGUCAAAGGGGAGGCCAAGGAGGAGGCCAAGGAUGAGUCCAAGGAAGAGUCCAAGGAAGAGUCCAAGGAGGAGGCCAAGGAGGAAACCAAAGAAGAGGCCAAGGAACUGGCUACGGAAGAGUAA